GGCCCCCCUCUCUCGGCCCGGCCAUCUUGUGGGAAGAGCUGAAGCAGGCACUCUUGGCUCGGCGCGGCCCGCUGCAAUCCGUGGAGGAACGCGCCGCCCAGCCACCAUCAUGCCUGGGCACUUACAGGAGGGCUUCGGCUGCGUGGUCACCAACCGAUUCGAUCAGUUAUUUGACGACGAAUCGGAUCCCUUCGAGGUGUUGAAGGCGGCAGAGAACAAGAAAAAAGAAGCCGGCGGGGGCGGUGUUGGGGGCCCUGGGGCCAAGAGCGCAGCUCAGGCCGCAGCCCAGACCAACUCCAACGCGGCAGGGAAACAGCUGCGUAAAGAGUCCCAGAAAGACCGGAAGAACCCACUGCCUCCCAGUGCUGGCGUGGUUGACAAGAAAGAGGAGACGCAGCCACCCGUGGCGCUUAAGAAAGAAGGAAUUAGACGUGUUGGAAGAAGACCUGAUCAGCAACUUCAGGGUGAAGGGAAAAUAAUUGAUAGAAGACCGGAAAGGCGACCACCUCGGGAAAGACGAUUUGAAAAACCACUUGAAGAAAAGGGUGAAGGAGGAGAAUUUUCAGUUGAUAGACCAAUCAUUGACCGGCCUAUUCGGGGCCGUGGUGGUCUUGGAAGAGGUCGAGGAGGCCGUGGACGUGGAAUGGGCCGAGGAGAUGGAUUUGAUUCUCGUGGCAAACGUGAAUUUGAUAGGCAUAGUGGAAGUGAUAGAUCUUCUUUUUCACAUUAUAGUGGCCUGAAACACGAAGACAAACGUGGAGGUAGCGGAUCUCACAACUGGGGGACUGUCAAAGAUGAAUUAACAGAGUGCCCCAAAUACAUUCAGAAACAAAUGUCUUAUAAUUGCAGUGACUUGGAUCAAUCGAAUGUGACUGAGGAAACACCUGAAGGUGAAGAACAUCCAGUGGCAGACACUGAGAAUAAGGAGAACGAAGUUGAAGAGGUAAAGGAAGAGGGUCCAAAAGAGAUGACAUUGGAUGAGUGGAAGGCUAUUCAAAAUAAGGACCGGGCAAAAGUAGAAUUUAAUAUCCGAAAACCAAAUGAAGGUGCUGAUGGGCAGUGGAAGAAGGGAUUUGUUCUUCACAAGUCAAAGAGUGAAGAGGCUCAUGCUGAAGAUUCGGUCAUGGAUCAUCAUUUCCGGAAGCCAGCAAAUGAUAUAACGUCCCAGCUGGAGAUCAACUUUGGAGACCUUGGCCGCCCAGGACGUGGUGGCAGGGGAGGAAGAGGUGGACGUGGGCGUGGUGGACGUCCCAAUCGUGGCAGCAGGACUGACAAGUCAAGUGCUUCUGCCCCUGAUGUAGAUGACCCAGAGGCAUUCCCAGCUCUGGCCUAACUGGAUGCCAUAAGACAACCCUGGUUCCUUUGUGGACCCUCCUCUCUGAGGCUUUGCAUGCUUAAGGAUCCCAAACAACUAAGAAAUUUAAAAAAGAAAAAAAAGACUCAUUCAUACCAUUCACACCUAAAGACUGAAUUUUAUCUGUUUUGAAAAUGAACUUCUCUUGCUACACAGAAGUAACAAAUAUGGUAGUCAGUUUUGUAUUUAGAAAUGUAUUGGUAGCAGGGAUGUUUUCAUAAUUUUCAGAGAUUAUGCAUUCUUCAUGAAUACUUUUGUAUUGCUGCUUGCAAAUAUGCAUUUCCAAACUUGAAAUAUAGGUGUGAACAGUGUGUACCAGUUUAAA